AUGUCACAGCCUGCUAAUGGCACGUUAAAUAAGUCUACCGACAGGGUUAGACUAUUGGUUGUCUCGAACCGUUUACCAGUUACCAUUACGAAGACAAAUAAUGAUUAUUCUUUUAAAAUGUCUUCUGGUGGCCUGGUAAGUGCCCUAAGUGGGUUAAAAAAAAUGAUGACCUUUACUUGGAUUGGUUGGCCUGGUAUCAAUAUACCAGAGGAAGAUAGACAAAUCGUUACUACUAAAUUAGAACAACAUUCAUGUUUACCAGUUUUUGUUGACGAUGAUGUAGCGGAUCGACAUUACAAUGGGUUUUCUAAUUCUAUCUUGUGGCCGUUAUUCCAUUAUCAUCCUGGUGAAAUUUCAUUUGAUCAAGAAGAUUGGGAAGCUUAUCAAAAAGUCAAUGGACUUUUUGCUGAUGCUAUUAAUGAAAUUGUUAAAGAUGGUGAUUUGGUUUGGGUACAAGAUUAUCAUUUGAUGUUGUUACCUAGCAUGUUAAGGGAACGAAUGGAUGAUAAUAAAUCCAAUGUAAAAAUCGAAGUUCUUAACGGGGUAUUGAAUUCUGAUCUUAUCGGGUUUCAUACAUAUGAUUAUGCCCGUCAUUUCUUGUCUUCAUGUACACGUAUAUUAGGUUUAUCUACCAUGCCGAACAGCAUAGACUUCGAAGGACGUCAUGUGCAUGUUGGUACAUUCCCCAUAGGUAUCGAUCCUGAGAAGUUUGCUGAAGGUUUAAAACAGCCGAAGAUUCAAGAACGAAUUAAAGCUUUAGAAUCAAAGUUCAAAGGCGUGAAAAUUAUCGUUGGAGUGGAUCGCCUUGAUUAUAUCAAAGGUGUUCCACAAAAGUUUCAUGCUCUUGAAGUGUUUUUAAGUCAACAUCCUGAAUGGAUAGGCAAAGUUGUACUUGUUCAGGUGGCUGUACCUUCCAGGCAAGAUGUAGAAGAAUAUCAAAAUUUGCGUGCUGUUGUCAAUGAGCUUGUCGGAAGGAUCAAUGGCAAGUUUGGGACUGUCGAAUUUAUGCCCAUUCAUUUUAUGCACAAAUCUGUUUCAUUUGAGGAAUUAGUAGCUUUGUAUGCGGUAUCAGAUGCAUGUCUAAUUUCAUCCACCAGAGAUGGUAUGAAUCUCGUAUCAUAUGAAUACGUAUCAUGCCAACAAGAGAAACAUGGCGUAUUGAUCCUUAGUGAAUUUGCCGGUGCUGCUCAGUCAUUAAAUGGUUCCAUUAUUGUUAAUCCAUGGAACACUGAUGAGCUUGCCAAUGCUAUUCAUGAAGCUGUUACGAUGUCCGAUGAUUUGCGUAAAUCAAAUUAUAUUAAAUUAUCUCGGUAUGUUACUAAGUAUACCGCGGCUUAUUGGGGUUCAAGCUUUCGAGUUAGUGAAGAAUUCACUCAUCACAUGCGACUUCCUGUCUUGAAAAUUAAUCAAGUAGUGGAUAUCGCAAAGAAUUCCCAAAAAAGGAGAGUGAUAUUAUUAGAUUAUGACGGUACUCUAACAGCUGUUCACAAGUUACCUGAAUUUGCCAGUCCAUCAAGUAAUGUUCUUUCAACACUUAAGGCUCUUCAAUCUAAACCUAAUACGUGUGUUUACAUAUUAUCUGGACGCGGGAGAGAACACCUUGAUCAAUGGUUUAAUUCGGCUGGAAUUGGUUUAUCCGCUGAACAUGGAUGUUUUUAUAAACAUCCUGAAUGUUUAAACGGGGUGGUUGAUCCGGUUGCAAAUUGUUUAGCUGAAGGAAAAACAAUUAAAGGUGAAAGUAAUGGAUGGUAUAGACUUGUAGAGCAAGUUGACCCUGCAUGGAAAGAAACCAUACUUCCAUUGUUUGAACAUUAUCAAGAAAGAACACCUGGAUCUUUUAUUGAAACUAAGGAGAUUAACAUAACAUGGCAUUAUCGUAGUGCUGAUCCAGAAUUUGGUACAUGGCAGGCAACUGAGCUUCAAGUUAAUUUAGAAAAGCUUUUAAGUCAUAUGGCUUUAUCAAUUGUACUUGGUAAUAAAACUUUGGAAGUUAGACCCUCUUCGGUCGAUAAAUCAACAGCAGUACGAGCUAUUCUUAAAGAUUUACAUCAACCACAAGAUGAAGUAGAUUUCGUUCUCUGUGUUGGAGACGGUAAAACUGAUGAACCGGUAUUUUCUUUAUUAAAAGAAAUUUCUCCAGAUAGUAUUACUAGUACGGUUGGUAAAAAGCAAACCGAAGCUAAAUAUUAUCUUGACAAUGUUAAUAAUGUUCAAAGUUUAUUAGAAAGUUUAGCUAAAGAAUUGUAA